CCGCUAAACGGGGGCAGUAAAGACACGAAGAAGAAAAAUCCGUCGAAGAAGAAACGAAAGCAAACGUAUUUUGAAUUAUCAGCAGCGACAUGUCAAAAAGAAAAGUAACGUUUGAGGACGGGAACGGGGAGUUUGAACUGGAAGAUGACCUCCCAAACAAAAAGAGUUGUGAGGCAGUGAGCGGACCAGGCUCCAGGUUCAAGGGUAAACACUCUCUUGAUAGCGAUGAAGAGGAUGACGGAGAAGAGACAAACAGCAGCAAAUAUGAUAUUCUGGCCAGUGAUGACGUGGAAGGUCAAGAAGGUGCAACAAUCGACUAUGAUGAGGGAGUUUCUAUCACACCCUUUAACCUGAAAGAGGAGAUGGAGGAAGGACACUUCGACUCUGAAGGAAACUAUUUCAUCAAAAAGGAACAACAGAUCAGAGACAACUGGCUCGACAACAUUGACUGGGUUAAAAUAAAAGAGCAGCCUUUCAAACAAAAGAAGAAAGGUCUGGGAGCCAAACGGAAACGUAGAGCAGGUGAUGAAGAUGAGGCCGAGGAAGAAAAGCAGAGAGAAGAACAACAGGCAAAGCAAGAGAAAGAUGAAGAGGAGGAGGAGGAAGAGGAGGCGGAGCCUGCCGAGGACCCACUGGCAUCCUUCACACAACACCAGCUCACUGAGGCUGUGCUUGAACUGCUGCAGCCCGGAGAGACGGUCACGGCAGCGCUGCGUCGGCUCGGGGGGCUCGGAGGGAGGAAACGGGGGAAGCUGAGGGAGGAGAGUGAACCCACAGAGGACGCCAAAAGGGACACAGAAAAACUGGAGAGGCUCACGGCCCUCGCUGACAGACUGGUCGCGUCUGGGAUGUUUGAAAUCUAUCAGCAAACGUACGAAAAACUGGCUUAUUUGUUGAAGAGCAUGAGCAGCAAGAAACCAGCUGUGGGACGAACAACCAGGGCUGGUGAUGACGAGGAGGAGGAGGAAGAUGAACUGGACAUGUUUGCAGAUGAAUUUGAUGAGAAACACAGCAGCAGAUCGGAGGACGCCAAGGAGGAGCAAAACACAAGAGUGAGUGAUGAAGUCAUGUGGGAAUACAAAUGGGAAAAUAAGGACAAUUCAGAGAUCUACGGUCCCUUUACCAGCCAGCAGAUGCAGGAUUGGGUGGAUGAAGGUUAUUUCAGCAGCGGUGUUUACUGCCGGAGGGUCGACCAGGAGGGAUCUCAGUUCUACAACUCCAAGAGACUGGAUUUUGAGCUCUAUACGUGAUUUGUCUGCAGCAUCAGAUGAACCUCUACCAUUACAAUCACUGUCUGCCUCUAUGUGAAAUCAACAUUUAACAGAGCAUCUGUUUUCUGUACAUUGUUUUAAAAUAAAUCAUUUGCGUAAAUA